AUGUUGGAAGAUUGGAAGAAUUUGUUGUUGGGUUCGCAACAACAAGAUGGUCGUCGACAAAUCUUGAGUCUGCGAGAGAUGUGUGGAAAUAUGGUGUACGAGAGGUUCGAGAUACCAAACUGUACCUCGACCAACGAUGCGGAAUACUCCCGAAACUACGAGGGCACUGACGAUUAUUGCACUCGAGAGUACGACAUGUACAUUCCUACUGCAGCCUGUGACAGGAAAAAAUACGGCCCAACGAAUGUAUUGCCGCUCGUCUUCGCCGUCCAUUGCUAUGGCUGUGAUGCAGGCGUUAUGGAUUACAUGGCAGACUACGCUGAAACUUACAGUUUUGUUUUGGCGAUACCUCAUGGCAUUGCCAAUAGUUUUAAUGCUCAGCAGUGCUGUGGAACCGCAUUGGAACAAAAUGUCGACGAUGUGGGAUUCUUUCAAGCCAUAAUUGAAGAUAUAUCAUCCCGCUGGAUGGGUCACAGUCACAUCGUGUCGCCAAACGUGGUGUAUGGAUUUGGUUGGUCCAAUGGUGGAUACAUGGUGGUCAAUGCUGCCCAUCUCUUUCGAGCAAUAGCCCCAGUUAGUGGAUAUCAGGUUUACGACGAUCCAGCAAUAGGCCUGUCGAGUUUGGUGGAAAAAAUAUCCCAUCGACCAAUAGGCUUGUUUUUACACCACAGUCAAGACGAUCAGAAUGUGGCCAUAACUGGAUGCUGUACGGACCCGACCAUGCCAGAAUGUUGUUGCGGCUUGUCCAACUAUGCGGAUCAAUGUCAAUCAGCGACUAGCUUUGUCGAUACCUUUGGUCAAACUGUCAACCAUUGUCAAGGAGAACCAACGCAACUCUUGGAAAAGCUUUAUCGAGAACAAAGAGCGGAUGUGACUUGCUAUCAAGCGGGCUCCAAUUGUUGGGCCAAUACGACCUAUUGCAUUCACAACCACCGUGGCCAUUUCAACCGACCAUCUUUGGAAGCAGCCUUUCCCAUGUCAGACGAAGUGAGUGACUUUUUUGCGAGAGAUGCCUGCGAAAAUGUGGGCGGAGGAAGUUGGUCGUCGGAAGAAAGAUAUUGCACUUGUGAUAAUAUUGUGGUUGGGGACUCCUCGUAUUGCUUAAAUCUCGCUUGGACGGAACGAUAUCAGGAGCCUGACUGGGCAAACUACUCCAUUGCUGAUGGCGGAACAACAAGCAGCCUUGGCGCCAUUGCAUUAUCCUUUGUAAUUAUCGUGGCUUUCCUUGGAAUAUUUGUAAUGGCCAGGGAAGAGCGAAAAUAUCGGCACUUCAAAGCAGUUUCCACCUUUGAACUAUCUGACUUUUCCGUGGACCCAAAAUUAGACGACGAGGAUGACAUCUUCAGACCCCGACUUCCUAUUGUCACCAGACCCACGCUGAGCAAGCACAUAUAA